AUGUCCUUCUACACUAUCAGCGACCUCGGCCGCAUAACCCGCGACGAUCUCUCCCAACACCUCCUUUCCGCCUCCCCGCCCCCGCUCCCACCCCACCUCGCCAUCGUCGACGUCCGCGACUCCGACCACGUUGGCGGCCACAUCGCCGGCAGCACACACAUUCCUAGCAACACGCUCGACUACCGGUUGCCCGAGCUGCUGCGCGUGCUGAGGGAUAAGCAGACGGUAGUGUUCCAUUGCGCGCUGAGCCAGCAGCGGGGGCCGAGUGCGGCGUUGAGGUAUUUGAGGGAGAGGAGGAGGGAGGAAGAGAGGCAGAGGGAGAUUGAAAAGGAAGAGGGCUUGAAGCAGCAGGUUGUUGUGUUGGAGGGGGGAUUUGUGAAGUGGCAGGAGAAGUUCGGAGAAGACAAGCGGUUGACCGAGGCUUAUGCGAAAGAUAUUUGGGAACAUGGCUAUCAAGGUUGA